GGGAGCUACAUGGGAGCUAGGCUCUAAGAUUUUAUGACUUAUGAGAGCUACUGUUGUUUUUAUCAAAAUCUCAAAAACGAUACACCCUCAUUCCAUAGACAUCGAUUUUCCACUUAAUCUUGAAUAUUGCAGUGGAAAUUGAACGAAUUUUGAGAUGUACCACAAAUGACCUGAAUCUGUUUACGUGUGGCGUUCCUUUUUCUCGAAACAGUUGCCGGCUCAGAAAAGUGGGUGUUGUGGAUCAAGUGUGGAUCUGGAUUUUAUGUAUCCCAAAACUACUCUUUUGAUCUCCAUAGAGCAAAAUAUGGAAUCCAGAACACCUCUAAUUCCAGCAAAGUCACCAUUUUCCAGUUGAAACUAUGCACAAAAUCCAAACCACAAGAGACUGAUGAGUCAAAAGCCUGAAGCGACAUGGGUAACAAAAACAGUUGCUGUUCAUACUCGAGCCCGCAGAGCAGUCACAGGGAACGGGUGAUUCUACCCAUAGAGGAUUCCCUGCCUGAAGGAGAGAUCAGUCAAAGCAAUUUGCAACAUAUCAGCGAAAGAGAAGGAGAUGAUGGGGAGGCAGAUCCUUCACAAGAUCCUAUGGCAAAGACUAUAUUCAUUGAGAGGUCCAAAACUGCUAUUGAAAAUGGGAUGAUUAGGAGGAAAAGUCAACACCAAAUAGCAGAUCUAAGACCUCUGAAGAAGAGCAGUUCAUGUUCUACAAUAUAUCUGGAUGAUAGCACUGUCUCCCAACCAAAUCUCAAAAACACUGUGAAAUGUGUUGCUUUAGCGAUCUAUUACCACAUCAAAAAUAGAGACUCCCAACGUGACAUAGACAUUUUUGAUGAGAAGCUGCAUCCUCUGACCAGAGACGGUGUUCCAGAUGAUUAUGACAAACACAAUCCGGAACACAAGCAAAUCUACAAGUUUGUCAGAACUCUGUUCAAUGCAGCUCAAUUGACUGCUGAAUGUGCCAUUAUUACUCUAGUGUAUUUAGAAAGACUGUUAACGUAUGCAGAAUUAGAUAUACAGCCUUCGAAUUGGAAGAGAAUAGUUUUAGGAGCAAUUCUCUUGGCGAGUAAAGUAUGGGACGACCAAGCAGUUUGGAACGUGGAUUACUGUCAGAUUCUCAAAGACAUAACGGUGGAGGACAUGAACGAGCUAGAGCGGCAGUUUCUCGAACUAUUGCAGUUCAACAUCAACGUGCCCUCUAGCGUGUACGCGAAGUACUAUUUUGAUCUGCGGACGUUGGCUGAAGCGAACGAGCUAGCUUUUCCUCCGCCGGAACCGCUGAGCGUGGAAAGGGCGCAGAAAUUGGAGGCUAUGUCUAGGGUGAUGGCGGACAAGUAUACCCAGGAAGCAGUGAAGAACGGACUGAAGAAAUGGUCCAGUCUCGAUAACAUUACGAAUGGCGGUGCUGUGGCGAGACGUAGCGUCGCCAUUUUGUCGUGAUGCCUUGUAGGCACCUGUGCUGCCUAGGUAAUGACAAGGGGGCCAGAUUUAUGGAAAGUGAUCAUUUGAAUCUGGAGGAUAGCGAACUGUAAAGUAUACUCCAAAAUUCACGUAGGCGUAGAAUUAGAACUCGCGGUUUUAUACGUGAGUUGUCUCAAAAAUAGGGAUCUCAAAUUUUUGUCAGGUAGAAGGAUUUUUUUUCAUACAGUGGAUGGGGUUAUUUUUCUCCAUUCGUCUUGUAAUAUUCCCCAUAAGUGUUCUUGAGAUGUAGUACAACAUUUCCGUACUUGUUCAUCCCACAGUAACUCUAUCGGGUUCAAAUCCGGGGAUUGGGGAGGCCAUUUCAAAAUAUUUUGUUCUUCUUUUGCUUCCCAAAAUUUUUUUACAGAGCUUGGAUGUGUGUUUGGAGUGAUUAUCAUGCUGGAUCGUGAAUUUUGGGGAUAUUCAAAAUAUUGUAUUGGAAAAGAGUAGCAAAUGAAUAAUGCAUAUAGCUAUAGAUCAAAAUUAAGAUUACUUCCGAUUUUAGAUGCAUCAAAAAUCAUCUUAGGAUUCCAAUGACCACUGGCACUUUAGAAAAAACUUUUGUACUACUGGAACAUCCAAAUUUCAUUUUAGUGUUCAUUGUAAACUCCGAAGUUCUUGCAACGUAUUUUUUGAUAAUGGAUAAAUAUUUGUAUUCCAGUCUGAAUAUUAGAAAUACAUCGCAGUUAUUCAUCUUAACAGCGAGGAAAUAUAUCGUUGUCCAGUAGUACUUGAAGUGCAAUAUUCGAACUAAGUGCCAAAAUAUGAUGAACAUUUUUCAAAAAUCAUUUCCAAAAUGCACGCAUUGCUUUCUGCACUGAAGUGUAGUGGAAGUUUUAAACAAGAAUCUAGAAAUACGUGCAAUGUUUCCAAAUUUUAUAAAUUAUUUCAAUCUACAUUUUUUUUAUAUGUAUACCGAAGUAUUCGCGUAGACAAAAGCCUAAAUACGAGGGCACCGCGUUCUAUUAUUUUCAAAACGAUGUUUUUUGAAAAUUAGGACUCGGUGACAAAAUAGUCUUUUGCCCUAUGUUUUCGAAAUAUCCUUAAUGCUGGUUUUUAACAAAUAAAUAUUUUAAAUACCGCGCAAUAGUGAAAUCUUCGAACAGCA